AUGGCGUCUAGCCAUGAAGACGUUCUUGUAGUAUUACAGUUCCGUGUUCCUAAUUUGUGCCGACAUGUACACAUAAAUGUCGUUUACUAGAGCAAAGUCUGUUUUCAAGUGCUUAUAUAUUUAUACAUCAGUCCGAGCAAACUUGGCCGCAUUUCUGCCAGCUUAGCUCGUGAGUUAGCUUAGCCUUGUUAGCCGCUAACAAAGAGACGCGGAAGUUAACAAAACACAUCACUUGACAGAGAUUACGUGAGUGUAAAGUGCUGUGUUUGCGUGAGAAUGUGCGAAAGAACGAUGGCAGAGUACGGGAAGGACAUAUCAACAAUAAAAAAGGAGAAGGAGCGACAACAUCAACUACUGGACGCUGUUUUCAUGAAACAUCAAGUUGUGUUACACACAUCAGAUGUCCAGCAGCCCCCCCACAUUAAAGAGGAAGAGGAGGAGCUCUGGAUCACUCAGGAGGAAGAGUGUCUUCUUGGACAGGAGGAGGCUGAUCUCACCAAGUUUCCACUGACUGUUGUCUCUGUGAAGACCGAAGACCAUGAGGAGAAACCACCUGAGUCCUCACAGCUUCAUCACAGUCCAAACGUCCAGCAGUUGAUUGGCCGUCGAGAUGACCGUCUCUCUCAACUGCAGGUGGGGAGCGCCACUUUGAAGCAGGAGGAUCCACAGCCCUCACAUGUUCAAGAUCUCACUAAGUUGCACUUGACUGGUGUCUCUGUGAAGAUCGAAGCGGACGACCUCCUCGCGCCGCUAUCGGAUGGUGACGACACAACGUCACACUCUUCUGAGGACGGAGACAGGGACAACAUCCGAGGACCGUGGAGCUGCAAUACAAAGUGUGAAAGCGAUUUGAGGACUCCCACUGACAACAAACACUCGGAAUGCUCUGAAAAGGAAACACGUGAAGAAUACCUGACCUGCUCAGUCUGCGAUAAGAGAUUUACUCAAAAGGGCACUUUGAAUCGACACAUGAGGAUACACACAGGAGAAAAACUCCUCAUUUGCUCAGUCUGUGGUAAAAAAUUCUCGCAGAUUGAUUUGACUCGGCAUAUGAGAACGCACACAGGGGAAAAACCCUUUCGUUGCUCAAUUUGCGGCGACGGAUUUGCUGUCAAGUCCCAUAUGACGUCACACAUGAGAACGCACACGGGAGAAAAACCGCACUCGUGUUCAUUUUGCGCAAAAACCUUCAGUCGGCGUGACACGUUGAUAGUACACAUGCGAACACACAAUGGCGAGAAACCUUUCAAGUGUUCGGUUUGUGGCAAACAAUUCUCUCAGCGGUCCAACAUCGCAUCACACAUGAGAACGCACACAGGUGAAAAACCUUUUCGUUGCUCCGUUUGCGCCGAACAGUUCUCCCAGAAGUCCAACAUGGUAUCACACAUGAGAACGCACACGCGGGAAAAACCCUACGGCUGUUCACUUUGUUCGCACACAUUUUCUCGGUGUGACAAUUUGACACAACACAUGCUGACACACAAAAGGAGAAGAACCCUUUAGUUGCUCAGUUUGUGGUAAAAUCCUUUCUUCUUUUUCAUUAUUGGCUUUAUUUUAACAAAAAAAAAUCUAAGGCUACGUUGAACAUAAGUUUCCUUUUUUGUUCUUUUUUUUAUAUUUUAAUGAAUUUAUUCAUCAAUCCAACAUUACCAUAACAAUGCAAUCCAAUUCCAAAACCGAACCUGACCCAGCAACAUUCAGAAUAGCAAUAAAAAUAGCAAUUGAGGACACACAAACAUGACACGGUACAAUCUAAAAGUAGUGAAACAAAAAAUGAAUAUUAUUGUCAUGUCUGUGUGAUCAUGUUUUGUUUUUUGGACACUCAGUUCCUGUUUUUGCACUUCCUGGUUCUAUUUGUUACCAUAGCAACUCAUUAGUUUUCACCUUGUCCUCAUGUCACGCACCUGUCUCACGUUUUGCACCCGCACACCUGUUUUCACUGAUCAUGUCAGUGAAAACAAUCCUCGCCCAAGUCCUAGUCUUGACCGGGGCGAGGAUUGUUUUCCCGAGGUGCAAAGCGAAUGGAGUGGAAACGGCGUGAAGGUAGAGACAUCUUUUUAUUUAAAAAACAGGAACAAACAAAAGGCGCACACAAUGGCGGAGAACAAACUUGACUAUGAAAACAAAAACUAGCACUACGGCAUGAAUAACAAAAAACUUACUUUGAACAAGAAAGUAACCUGGAUCAUCGGCAUGGAAGGCACAGUAGGUGAUAGAUCAGGGGUGUCAAACUCAAAUACAGAGUGGGCCAAAAUUUAAAACUGAACAAAGCCGCGGGCCAAGGUUGAACAGAUUAACCUUUUAAUAGGGACCCAAACAAGUUUCGCAUUGAAUAUUGAACAAGCAAGGAUUAUGUAGCUUUAUAGUCACAUACAAAAUCGAGUUUCAAAUUAUGAUAAUGAGUAAAAAAUAUCAAUGGCAUAUCAAAUAAAAAGGAAAAAAAAAUUGGGAUAGCGGGGUUUGGUGGUAGCGGGGGUGUAUAUAGUAGCAUCCUGGAAGAGUUAGUGCUGCAAGGGGGUCUGGGUAUUUCUUCUGUUGAGUUUAUGUUGUGCUACAGUGCAGAUGUUCUCCCGAAAUGUGUUUGUCAUUCUUGUUUGGUGUGGCUUCACAGUGUGGCGCAUAUUUGUAAAAGUGUUUAAGUUGUUUAUACGGCCACCCUCAGUGUGACCCAUAUGGUUGUCGAUCAAGUAUGCGUUGCAUUCACUUGUGUGUGUUAAAGCAGCAUAUAUUAUGUGACUGGAAUCGGCACGUUGUUUGUAUGGCGGAAAAGCGGACGUGAUGACAGGCUGUAGAGGACGCUAAAGGCAGUGCCUUCAAGGCACGCCCCCAAUAUUGUUGUCCGGGUGGAAAUCGGGAGAAAUUCGGAAGAAUGGUUGCCCCGGGAGAUUUUCGGGAGGGGCACUGAACUUUGGGAGUCUCCCGGGAAAAUCGUGAGGGUUGGCAAGUAUGAGUAUCAGCGGUGAAUGCAGUGUUACAGAGGAAUCGCCGCUGUAUAAUACCGGCGGGACAGCUCUAAUCUUAAUUUGAUAUUACCUCAAGGGCCAAAUGAAAUUAUAUAGAUUUGGCCCUCGGGCCAGAGUUUGACACCCAUGUGAUAGAUGGUGUGAAGGAGGUGAUGUUGCCAGGACGGAGAACAGAAACAGACAGGCUUAAAUAGCAGUGACAUGAUCAGUGAAAACAGGUGUGCGAGUGCAAAACGUUAGACAGGUGCGUGAUGUAUGGACAAGGUGAAAACUAAUGAGUUGCUAUGGUAACAAAACAAACCAGGAAGUGCAAAAACAGGAACUGAGUGUCCAAAAAACAAAACAUGAUCACACAGACAUGACAGUUAUCAAUAUUAGAAACAAUUUUAAAACAGCAGGGAUUUAAAAUCCCUCAUUGAUAUUAUCAUUAAAAACAUUAAUACAAAAACUGAACAAUAGUGUCACAGUGGCUUACACUUGCAUUGCAUCUCAUAAGCUUGACAACACACUGUUUUACACAAAGAUAUAAUAAGUCAUAUUUUGGUUUAUUUAAUACUCAAAACAAAUUUAAAUAAUGGAUCCCAUAUUCCAAUAUAUGACUCAUUAUUAUCUAAACUAAAUGCAGUUUUUUCUACUGAUAUCAUCAGUGUAUAGCAGUCAGUAUGAGUUGGACUAUCAACAUCUAUCCAUUUUUUUAAUAGUACCCUUUUUGUUAUUAUGCAUAUUAAAAGAAAUGCAUUUGUACUCUUUGAUGAUCUGUUACUAAAUUGAUGGAGAUCCCCAAGAAUACAAGUUUGCAAUGUCAUUGGGAUGUUUAUAUGAAGGCAGGGGUGUCCAAAGUGCGGCCCGCAGGUCAUUUUUUAACGGCCCCACGGCACGUUUUAAAAAUACGAUUGAAAAAAUAAAAAACAUAAAAAGUGGUAUAAAAGAGCAAACAGGUGAAAUGUAACAAGAAAAUGUUGCAAUGUUUACUCUAAUAACACAAAGUUGCCACGCGGGCUGUUUCUGUCUUUAAAACAUAAUAAUGAAUCAAAAUCAAUGUCAUUAAUUAUUGACCUAUUCAAGGCUCCAAUUACGUCACAUUAAAUAUUCAAUUUUGAGAUCUUUUGGGGGAAAUUAGGCAUUUUUUUGUGUUUGCCAUA